CGGGGGCCUAUUUUUUGUGCGUGAGAAUAUAUCCAAUGGGGUAAUACGGCAAGAUGGCGGCAGUUUGAAAGUUUGUGUUGUAACUUGCCCCGUUUAAAUUUAACUUUUCAACAGUAACUCAAGCUAAAAUGGGUGAUAGUUUUCCUUCACAGACCGAUAUUGAUCAAGUUCUAGCAGUGUGUCCUGAACUGGACACAAACGAUGUACGGAGGGACCUGAAAUUUACCAGAAAUGUGGAGAUGACGGUGAACAGAGCCCUGGAUGGAAGGUUCCUGCGUGGCGUAUUUGACCUGUUGGAUGUGGCUGACCAGCCUGCUGCAGCACAGCCCACAUGUGACAGCAGCACUGACAUCAACUCUGAUGAUGAUGAUCUACCCAACAUCACACUACAGCCUACAGCCUGUACGAGCAACGUUAGGUACGCGUCUAAAAGCAGGAAAGAAAUAAGCGACAGUGACUCUGAUUCUGACUCAGAACCAAGAUUCCAACAGUACAAAAAACAUGCGGUUGUGACAAAACAGAAAAAAGGUCAAGCCAGCAAUGAUACGUCGACAGGAAACAAAAAACUUGCAGCCAACUGUACAGGUAAGAAAGUUGACACCUUGACAGGUAGACAUGCCCUAGACUCACCCUCAAAGUCCAGUGGCAAUGUUGCAAAAAUUGAGGACGAUGUGAUAUCAGUGGGCUCAAAAUCAUCCCCGAUGGAAAAGUACAACACCUUCAAAAGACGUCCCCAGGACCUGUCUCCAAGCGGGUCAAGCUCAGAAGAUGACAUCCCAACUCCCCCACGAAAACUGCAAAGAGAAGAAGCUGAGACAAAGCCUUCUGGAAAACAGGCUUUCUCCUUCAAAAAAUCUGCUGCCUCGUCAGUUGUUGCCAUUUCUAGUAGUGAUAGUGACAGUGACAGUAGUGACAGUGAUGCUGAGGAUAAAUGGAAAAGGCCUCUCUCCUACAGACUCAAUUCCUCCAAGCCAGCAAAAGUACCAUCUACAAAUGACAAUACUUCAACAAAAGGAAGCUCCUCAGAUGAAGUAGGCUCUAAGGCAACUAGCAACUCAAGCACUGUAACUCCAAAACCAAGAAGUGCCAUCAUGGGUGAUAGUGUUGAGAAUGGAGAAAGUGGUUUGACUCUCAGGCAAAGCCUAUGGAGUGAUGAGGCAGACUCUCAAGGCACCAAGAACAAAGGAAAGAGAAGAAGUCCUGAGGAGAUUCAGGAAAGAAAAAGACAAGCUUUGUUGAAAAGGCAGGAGAAGGAGUUAGAAAGGCAGCGGAAGAAGGAAAAGAUGGAACAAGAGAGAGAUGCAAAGAAGAAAAUGAAGGAGAUGGAGGCAGCAAGGAAAAGGGCAGAAAGAGAAGCCAGCAAAAACAUGAAGCCAGGAGAAUGUUUAAAGUUUAUCACAGUGGUUCUGGACAGACACCUGGCAGAGUCUCCGUGUGGAGGAAACAUCCUGAAGCAGCUGCAGGACUCGGAAUCCAAAGUCCAGAUACUGGACCAACUAGUCCCGUAUAGUGUUUCCUGGAGGAGAACUGUAACUCUUCAUAACUUUGGAGGAGAUGUACAGCUUGGCUCUAUCAGUACCAAAGAAAUAGAAGAAGAGGAAACCCUGGUGUAUGUUCCUGUUGCAGACUUCGUACUUCAGGUUUACAACUACAAACAGCAGCAGCAAGGAGACAGCUGUGUUAGCCAGGAGACGUUGCAAUCUUUUGUCCAUGGGGUGAAAUCCAUCUAUGAAGGGAAGAAGGUCACACUGAUCAUACUAGGGCUGGAAAAGUACUUCAGGAAUCAGAGCAACCAACGGCAGAGGCAGUUCAGGGACAUAGUCAGAAACAAUGGUGAGAUGACUGAGGACAGUAAAAAGGGAAAGAGGAAGAAGAAAAAGGAGAUGGAAAGUACCACCAUCAUUACAAGAAUGGAUGUAGAAGAGGCUCUGGUCCAUCUGCAGCUGUGGGAGGAUGUGGUGGUGAAGUUGUUGGAGGAACCAGAACAAGUGGCUGACAUGAUCAGGAUGUACACCAAGGCUGUGGCAGAAACACCUUUCAAGAGGCAGAGAGAUGAGUCGACCUUCUCCUUCCACAUUGAGAGCGAUGCAGUGAACUGUGUGAAGGUGGAUAAGGACGGGCGUGGCCUGCUGAAGUUGUGGCAGAGACACAUCCAACAGAUGAGGAACGUCAGCCCUGAAAUGGCUGCAGCCAUCGUGGCAGAGUACCCCUCACCACAGCUGCUCAUUCAGGCAUAUGAAAGGUGUUCUACAGAAAAAGAGGCCCAGUUGCUCCUGAAAGACAUCAUGGUGAGGAGAGGAGCAGGUGUGCUGGCGACCUCCAGGAGAAUCGGUCCUGAGCUGUCCAGGAAGCUUCACAUGUUGUUCACUUCCAGUGAUGGGGAAAAGCUCUUACAUAGUGCCUCCUAACUUUGGGAUUAGUACAAAAUCUGGUACAUGGGUCAAAAGCAGGUACAUGUGCAACUGAAGUUCCUGUAUCAGAGUCUUCAUCAUUUCCUACCUCCUACUCACAGUAAGCUAAAGGAA